CAGCCAGUCAUCUUCUCCUCCACCUUAUCCUCUUCUCGUCUCCUUUCCCUUCUCAUACAAAACUCUCCCCUCUCCCCUCCACCACUGCAACUCUUCCAUCACUGAACCCACAGCACAACACAGAGUGUGGGUUCUCAUACCAACCAAUGGCAGCAAUCUCAGCAGCAGCAGUCCCUGCAGCGGCGGCCGUGUCAUGCUCCAGCCUCAACUCCUCGAUGAGGAGGAAGCACAGUGUGAAAUACAUGCAAGGCAUGAACAGCUUCGGAGGGCUCAAAGCCAACAACAACGUGUCGUCCCUGGGCCUCCCGGCAUGCACCGCCGCCGCCUUCGCCAAGGUUCUGAGCUCUCUGAGGGCGCCACCCAAGGGGAAGACGAAGAGCAGGGGUGGAGCGUUGUCCUCCACCUGCAACGCAGCGGAGGAGAUCUUCCGGAUCGCCGCGAUCAUGAACGGCCUGGUGCUGGUCGGCGUCGCGGUCGGGUUCGUGCUUCUGCGGGUGGAGGCGUGGGUGGAGGAAUCAGAGUCGUAGGCAAGUAGUGGUUGCUUGUAAGUUCCUUCUUCGUCAGGUGGCGGAACUCUGCCAUUUCUGGUAUUGGCUGAUAUGAACUCGAUUCAAGAUGGUAAUUUGGCUAAUCUAUAUUGCCGGCAAUUUCUUGAUUCCAA